AGAAGGGUUAUUCCGCCCGCCCCGCGCCUAACAUGAUGUUCCCAGGCCUCCUCGCACCCCCCGCCGGGUACCCCAGCCUCCUGCGCCCCACGCCCACCUUAACGCUGCCCCAGUCCCUGCAGUCGGCAUUUUCUGGCCACUCCAGCUUCCUGGUGGAGGAUCUGAUCCGCAUCAGCCGGCCUCCCGCUUAUCUGCCCCGCAGCUUACCCACCGCCAGCAUGUCGCCCCCUAGGCAGGGGGUCCCCACGACUCUCACGGACACCGGGACCUCAGACCUGGGCUCCCCGAGUCCAGGCAGUCGACCAGACGGUUCACCUCAGACGGCCGCCUCACCUGCCAGCGAGCCCACGUUUCUGAAGUUUGGGGUGAACGCCAUCCUCUCCUCGGCGCCCAGAACAGAAACAUCCCCCGCCUUGCUCCAGACCGUUCCUCCCAAGACUUUCGCUUUUCCCUACUUCGAAGGCUCCUUCCAGCCUUUCAUCAGAUCUUCUUAUUUCCCAGCGUCCUCGAGCGUCGUGCCCAUCCCGGGGACCUUCUCCUGGCCGCUUGCGGCCCGCGGCAAGCCUCGCCGAGGCAUGCUGCGUCGAGCCGUGUUCUCCGACGUGCAGCGCAAGGCGCUGGAGAAGAUGUUCCAGAAGCAGAAGUACAUCAGCAAGCCCGACCGCAAGAAGCUGGCGGCCAAGUUGGGCUUGAAAGACUCACAAGUGAAAAUCUGGUUCCAGAACCGACGCAUGAAGUGGCGGAACUCCAAGGAGCGCGAGCUCCUGUCUAGCGGGGGCUGCCGAGAGCAGACCCUUCCCACCAAACUCAAUCCGCACCCAGACCUCAGCGAUGUUGGCCAGAAGGGCCCGGGGGAGGACGAAGAGGAAGACGAGGGCCGGGGCAGCCCCCGCCACCGCCUAGUCUAUCACGCGUCCCCCGACCCUCGGCACCUGCGGGACCCGCGGCUGGAAGGGCCGCUGCCGGCCUCGCCCGCGCACUCGAGCAGCCCCGGCAAGCCUUCGGACUUCUCCGAUUCCGAGGAGGAUGAGGAGGGCGAAGAGGAAAUCACCGUGUCUUAGAAGCCCUCCCCGAGACCUGGGUACUGUUUAGAAGUGCUUUGAAAUUGAAGAGGCGGGAUUCCGUCUGCGUGUCCGCUUAGUUCCCGUUGCCCAGACGCUGUGGCUCCCCUUUGCAGAACCGUCACCUCAUCAGGGGGCCCCCAGCCCCUUCCAUUGCCCAAAAUGGCGCCCCCCCACCUCCCAACAGCUCUUUCCACAUAAGUGAAACUUGGGUCUUGGUCCCAGCCUUAAACUUUUCCACCAGAGCUCCUGUCUUGCUUCCUGCAAGCUAUUUUAAACACAGUGCGGGUAUUCACACCAAUAGCCUGGGUUUAGCAGUGAGCCAGGCUCUGCAGGUCUUCCGCAAAACUCUUAAUGGCAAAGGAAACGAAGUUAGGAGUCACAACAUCCCAGGCAUAUGACUCCAAGACCUCUGACUUCCUAGAUGCCUCCACCUCCCUAUCUUAGGUUGGAGGGUCACCUACCCAGCCAAAUCUGUACACACACGCACACAGACUCCUUCCGGUCUAAGUCACAGCAUAAAUAACGAGUCUUUUCUGUCAUAUCCCCAAUGCUCUCUGGGCAAAGAAGUGAGUUGUUGAGGGAAAAGUCCAUCUCUAUUUCUGUAUGCAUGUUUUAAAGCUUUUUCUUUAAAAUUUCUGUAUCCAUAGUAUAUGCACCAAGCACUCUACCUUGUGCCCUUUUAUUAUUUCUGGGGAGAUUUCACUGACCUGAAAGGCUCUUGAGCACUGGGCAUGAUGUGAGCAGAGAGAGAACCCUCAAGCCCCUUUGAUUUUGAUUUUUUUUUAACUGAACUUUGCUGUCUUUGCACAGCUUUUAUGAACUGUACACUAUUUUGUACACAUGUGCUGUAUGGAUAUUUUAUACCAAUGUUAUUGUGAAUGACUAUAAAGGACUGAUUAGACUUUCUUUUUUUUUUGCAAUGGGUUUUAUACUUUAAAAAUGUAGCUGUUUAAUUGCAUAACUUAUAAAGAAAUACUUAUUUUGUAUUUUUACAUUGUACAGAUUUUUAUAUAUGUAUAUAUGUACCAAAUGAAC